AUGCGUUUCCCGACCGUCAUCCUCCCUGCCCUCACCGGUCUCGCAUUCGCCGCAGAUUCGUCAACCAAUGUCUCCCAACCCAUGUCUUCCGUCGCAGCCUCCCUAUCAUCCGCAGCCUCGUCCAAGGGCGGAGGAAACCAUGUCGAAAAUCACUUCAGCUGCUACUCCCAGCACCACGGGUAA